AUGGGUCCUAAGGCCCUGCGCCGCUCUGGGCUCUGUUUCAGGGUUGAGUAUCGUGCUGCCCACCCAGUGCUAUUUCUAAUGCUCUUGGCUAAUGUGCUGGUGAUUUGGCCUGAGGCUGCUAAAGUCAGGGUGGGCUUCCAGGCCCCCUGGAACAUCUCUCAUCCACUCAGUGUGCAAAGACUCGGUGCGGGCCUUCAGCUUGCCAUCGAGCAGGUCAGCUUGGAGCUGGCUCCCCGGGGAAACUUCAGUUGGGAGUUUACUUACACCCGCACAAGCUGCAGUGCCAAGGAGGCCCUCGCUGUUUUCAUCAACCAGGUCCAGCGUGAACAGAUUGCCGCUCUGUUUGGACCAGCAUGCCCAGAAGCGGCUGAGGUUAUUGGUUUGCUGGCUUCUGAGUGGAAUAUCCCCAUGUUUGACUUUGUGGGACACACGGAGAAACUGGAGAGCCACUCCUUGUAUGACACCUGUGUGAAGCUCGUGCCCCCCAUGCAGGAGAUGGGUGAGGUGCUCCAGAAAACUCUCCAAUACUUGGGGUGGAAACACAUUGGGAUGUUUGGAGGCUACUCGGGAGCUACCUCCUGGGAUGGACUGGAUGAGUUGUGGAGGGUUGUAGAAAAGAAACUCAAAGCCCAGUUCACCCUCACCGCCCAUGUGACACACACCAACCAGGAUCCAGCCUCCCUUCAAGAGAAUCUUAGACGCAUGGCCGCAGUUGCCAGAGUGAUCAUCCUGAUCUGCAGCGCCCAGGAGGCGCACGCGAUCUUGCUGGCUGCCGAGAGCCUGGGACUGAACACAGGAGAAUUUGUCUUCAUCAUUUUGCAGCGAGUUGAGGACAGCUUUUGGAAGGAGGCACUGACAUAUCAGAAGGGCGCACGCUCCCCAAACAUCUAUGAGUCAGUACUUCUCCUCACCUUCAGCACCUCUGGAAAAGGGCCUGGAGAUGAAGGAUUCUGGAAACAAGUCUACCGAAGGCUGAGGAGCCCCCCCUUCAACAGCUCCAUCUCCUCGGAGGAGCAGGUGAGCCCUUACUCUGCCUACCUUCACGACGCGGCCCUGCUCUAUGCUCAGGCCGUGUGGGAAAUGAAAGAAGCCGGGAGAGAUUUCCGGGAUGGGCGCCAGCUGGUUCGCACUCUGCAGGGACCCAAUCGCACUGCGCUGCAGGGCAUUACUGGCCCCGUGACUGUGGGCUCCCGGGGAGAGAGGCGCAUGGACUAUCUGGUCAACAUCCUGCAGAAAUCCGGAAACGGGUCCGUCUGGCUCCCCUUUCUCCACUAUGACAGCGAUCAGAAAGUCAUCAGGCCCACAAGGAAUUUCUCCACAAUGACCUGGCCCCGUGGCUCCCUUCCUGAAGACCGACCUGGCUGUGGAUUUCACAAUGAGCUUUGUGACACAGAGCCUGCUUUUACAGAUGUGAGUGCUAUGAUUCUCAAGCUCACGGUCCUGACGGUUGUCUUGGGAGCUGCCGGCACAGGUCUGAUUUUAAGGCUGCGGAGGGGAAGAGGGCAGAGGCAGCAUGAAGACAUCUGGUGGCAGAUCAAUUACGAUGACAUCACCCUGCUGCCCCAGAACAAGUCAUCCCAGAGGGGCACACCCGUGUCACGAGGGAACCUCGGGAGCGCGUCAAGUGUGAUUUCUGGGGACCUCAGCUCCUUUGUCAAGAGCCAGCAAGGGGAAGAGCUCUUUUACGCACCCCUAGGACUUUAUCAGGGAAACCAUGUGGCCAUUCACUAUGUUGAUGAGCAAGCUGAAGCCUGGAUUAGGAAGUCAUCGGUCCGACAGGAAAUCCGGCUGAUGUGCAGAUUAAGGCACGACAACAUUGUUCCUCUCUUUGGCAUUUGCACGGAAGCACCCAACCUCUGCAUUGUCACCCAGUAUUGCAAAAAAGGAAGUCUGAAGGAAGUGUUGGGAAACUCAGAUAUUGAACUGGACUGGAUAUUCAAGCUCUCGUUUGCAUACGACAUAGCCAAUGGCCUGGCGUUUCUACACGGGAGCCCACUGAGGACUCACGGCAAUCUGAAGCCUUCCACCUGCCUGGUGGACGGGCGCCUGCAGGUGAAGCUCUCAGGAUUUGGGCUGUGGAUGCUUAAGUACGGGGCCACAGAGAGGACGUACAAUGAGAGGACCGACUACUCAGAGCUCUACUGGACGGCCCCGGAGCUGCUGCGGCUCCCCGAGGUACCCUGCGCAGGCACCCCAAAGGGGGACGUUUACAGCUUUGCAGUUCUACUGUGGCAGCUGCUCCACCACCCGGCUGGCGGGCCCUUCGAUGACCUCCACGCGGAGCCCACCGAAAUCAUCAACCGAAUCAGAAACCCCACAGCAGCCACCCCACUGAGGCCGUCCGUGUCCAAGGAGCGGGGCAGUGAAUCCGUCGUGGCCAUGAUGAGGGCCUGCUGGGACGAAUCUCCCGAGAAAAGGCCCACUUUCUCCUCCAUCAAGAAAGCUUUACGAGAAACCAGUCCCAAAGGGCACGUGAGCAUCCUCGACAGCAUGGUGAGCAAGCUGGAAGUGUAUGCCAAUCACCUGGAGGAGGUGGUGGAGGAGAGGACCCACCAGCUGAUGGCAGAGAAGAGGAAGGUGGAAAAACUUCUGGCCAGAAUGUUGCCCAGCUUCAUUGGAGAACAGCUCAUCGCUGGGAAGUCCGUGGAACCAGAACACUUCGACUCGGUGACCAUCUUCUUCUCCGACAUUGUUGGAUUCACCAAGCUGUGUUCUCGCAGCUCCCCUCUGCAAGUCGUGAAGCUCCUCAAUGACCUGUACAGCUUGUUCGAUAACAUCAUUAAAGUGUACGAUGUGUAUAAGGUUGAGACCAUUGGCGAUGCGUACAUGGUCGCUAGUGGACUUCCCAUCCGCAACGGGAUCCGGCAUGCGGAUGAGAUCGCCACAAUGUCCCUGCACUUCCUCAGUGCCACCGUCCACUUCCAGAUUGGGCACAUGCCCGAGGAGAAGCUCAAGGUUCGGAUUGGUCUCCACACAGGUCCCGUGGUGGCUGGCGUGGUGGGGAUCACCAUGCCCAGAUACUGUCUGUUUGGAGACACCGUGAACAUGGCCUCCAGAAUGGAAAGCGGCAGUUUGCCUCUCCGGAUUCAUGUCUCUCAGAGCACCGCCGGCGUCCUGCUGAAGUUGGGAGGGUAUGAUUUGCAAGAGAGAGGCACCAUUCAAGUCAAGGGGAAAGGAGCACAGACCACUUUCUGGUUGAAAGGCAAAGAAGGUCUCACUUUUCUGCUCCCUGAGUUCCCAGAGGAAGAAGCUACCAUCCCUGAGAUCUUAUGAGAUCCUCACGGCUUCUGUGCGGCUGCUCUGGAGUCGGGAAGAGCCCUUUUAAUGAUAGAUUGUGUUAGGAACCUUAG